UAUUCCUCCCUUCUUCUUCUUCUUCUCCGUCAUGAUCAUGAUCGUCAUCUCUUUGUCCUCACCAGUAAACGAAAACCCAGGCUGGUGAUGGUUGAGGUUCCUGGCUCUGUGGGCACAACUGCAAGCCUUUCCUUAAGAUUAGGACAAACGAUAUUAGCAUUUGGCGCUCUUCUGUUCAUGACCAUUGGUGUUCGGUUCUACCAAUUCACUGCUUUCUGCUUCCUAGUGACGAUCAUGUCUGUAGCUAUACCAUGGAAUCUGACAUUAGCAAUGGUCGAUAUCUAUUGUGUUUUUCUCAAUCAACAAAUUCAAAAGCCACGGAUCCUUCUAGCUAUCUCUAUUGGUGAUUGGGUGGUGUCUGUUCUAGUGUUGGCUUCAGCUUCAUCAGCAGCUAGUGUUGUUGAUAUUCUGCGAUCAGAUGGGUCCUCUUGCCCUCCAACAGUCUGCAACAGAUAUCAAUUUGCAGCAACAUUAGCUUUCUUGACUUGGUUCUUGUCUCUUUCGUCUUCUCUCUUCAAUCUCUGGUUACUUCCCUCUCUGGUCUAAAACAAAAAUUAAAAUAGAUAGGUAGCAAACACAAAAUUGUCUAUAGAAAAACUCAAGUCUUUGUAACUUGAUAGAUAUCAAGACUCAUUAUCAAAAAAAACAAAUUAUAAGAGAUAUUUAACUAAAAAGACAGGUUCCCAUAA